AUGGCGUUCAGCAACCAAUCUCGUCACUACCACAUAGCCGGCGAAUUUUCAGGUGCUGAGAGAGACGAGUUCGGCUACACCAAAGACGACUAUGUGCGGAUGAUGGAUGAUGUCGCCAUCGCCGUCGUUGAUGGACAUGAUGAGGCUCUCUCAACACCUCAAAUGAGGCGCAAAGACCGUCAACCCAGUACCGGCUAUAAUGCCCCAGCAUCAGCAGGCCGUCAUCGAAGGUCGGUCAAACAAGACAGCCGCACUACUGGGCCGGGAGCAAGCAGUCACAGCGGAAGAAAGUUCAGCAGCCAAGGUGGCACUACCAGGUUUCACCCAUACCAUCGUCACCAGCAACAUGUUCCGCCAAAUGCAUUUGGUGGUUCUGGAGAUACAUACCCGACUCCUCCGAUUGCAUGGCACAACGGUUCGAAUGCUCCCAGCCAGAAUGUAUACCAAAACUCCCGGUCCAGUGCAUUUGGUAAUUAUGGAGGUGUAAUUCCGAAUACUCCAUCUUCACAACACAACGUCUCGGACUUUGCAGGUCAAAGAUCGCAACAAGAUAGUGUUGGGCUACAGACACUCCCUCCUUCCUGGAACCAAGGCCAACUUUCUGGUCCAGCAAUGCAAAUCGCUCAGCCAUUACAGAUGAAUGCCCGCCCAUCUAGACACAGAUUGCAGGCUCGCCCUAGUCCCAGAGAGGGCAGACAUGGUGCAGUGCCGGCAGUGGACGACAACGUUGAGGAUGGAGAAGAUUUAUCAGAGGGAGAAGAGGACAGAGAGGCUGGCGAGGAGCAAGCGUCAAACAGGGUCAAAGGAACAAAGAAGUCCAAAAUGUCACCAACGGCCAAGACGAGAGUCCGUAGAGGGCUAACUCGCAUCAACGCCGAUGGCGAGCUCGAGUGGCUCGCGGCAAAUGACAGAGAUGGAAUUAUAGCGGUGAGGCACGAUGACAUCAGACCCCAGCUGAUAGCCAUUGCAGAGGCCGAGAGAGUUGCACUUGGGGUCCAAAAUGAACACCCAGACGAACCAGGACCUGGUAAAUAUAAUGUGACUUCGUUCUACCGCAAGCACGUCAAAUGGGGCCCUGAUAGAGAUGACCGCCCAGAUAUCGACUUCGCUUGGGAAGAAGAUAGGGAGAAGAAUCCCAGGCCCAAUUGCCCGGGUUAUAUGUAUUGGGAGGAGAACGGGAAAAAGUAUGUUGUUCUCGAUCCUCAUGACAAUCCCGUAAAGGAUUGGGACAUUCCUUCCACGAUUGCCUCGAAUAUCCCAGGAUACAAAUUAGAGGCCAUGCGGCGGGAAAACAUGAGUCUAGGGCAUAAAGAUUUUUGGGCUCGUAUGCCGAGUCAGAUCAACGUCGGCACCGAAGGUCAACCGAUUUGGGAAGAGCUUGGACUCCCCAACUCCAUCGUCAACAUGCCGAUGGAGCGCUUCCGGUUCCAUGCGGGGCUAUGCAGCUGGACAGAGCGCACAAAGACCUUGGUGAUCAAGGCGGGCCUUAAGAAGCUGUACGGGGAUAAUCUCCAAAACAACACUGUCAGGGCCUUCGGACGAGAUCUUACUACUAAAGAGAUCAACGAGAUCAAAAAAGGCGACAACGCAGUAUUUCCAAUAGAAGGCGAUGUUGUUCCAGCGACUCCAAAGGCCGCCAAGAAGUAUAGGAGCAAAGGCGCAGCUAGGCCCACGAAGCUAAAGGGAAAUGCCAAGGAGGAUUCCCAGUCUCGGAAGCGAAAGAACACCACUGAUGAUGAAGGACAGUCCUCGGAGGAAGAGGUUCAGACUCAGUUCAGAUCCCACAAGCGAGCUCGCCACGGGAGGAAAGAGGAUAGCGUUGCCGCCGAAAUCGAUGACCUUGUCAUGUUCGAACAAUCGCCAACCAUCAUCGACCAAGACAAUGCUAGUCAACGAUAUUCACUCAGAUCGACUCGACAAGAUGCAAAGACCCCUAGAAGAAUCGAAACAAUCGAGGAAUCUUCAAGCGACAGCUCGGCCGACGAGGAAUAUCAAGACACUCCAACCCAACGCUAUUCGCUUAGUCAAACUCGGAAAGUUGCGAAAGCUCGUGGGAACAGCCGGAAAGUCAAGGAAUCUCUUUCUCGCGAGACCUCGGCCGAGGAUGAAGAUGAAUACGUUCCUGCCCGACCCUCUUAUCCACUCAAGUGGAUUGAGACCAACGAAAAGCCUCAGAGAGAGAGCGACAGAGUCCGGGUAGCUCCACAGGAGAACUCGGUUGAGAGUGAUGAAGAAGAAAUGCCGGCUGAAAGGUUCCCAUUCAGACGGAUCCCGCGGGCUGGGGAAGUUGGUGGCAAGAGCAAAGGACCUUCGUGGGUAAGCUCGACUGGGGAGAAAGAUCAGAACAAUGAGGAGAGGGAUUAUCGACACACAGCAGUGCCUGUGACCAUCGAUGGGAGGAUUCAUUACGCUACCUAUGAAGGCCUCAUCAGCAACGGGCCAGUACCCUACGUCGGCGGAUCUGGUACUUCCCCUCAACCCCAGGCCCGGGAAGUUAUUGGUGCGUCUUUGGCGCAGAGCGAGUCGUAUCCAGCGCAGCCUCACGCUUUCGAUGUCAUGAUGAGCAUGCCAUUGCUUGAUGAAAGUCACCUAGAAGAGGAAGAUACGCCACUGCAAGCCCACAGGAAGCGGGUGAGGGACUUCCUUGGGGAUGAGGAGGCAGAAGCCUAUGCGCCUGCUUCGAAGCGUUUGCGUACGGAGCAGCCGGUCUUGCCGAAUCCAGCAUCAGCCACGCAUGGAGCUACCAGCAACUUUCCACCGCAAAUCGUUUCACCACCAAUCAUUCCACCACAAGCCGAGCAACCUAGUAUGGCUUCUCCAGCUCCUCAAGCACAACCACCCCAAACACGAAAGCAGAAGCUCGAAGCCGAAUGGGCACUGGUUUUCAAACAAAUGUUCGUGGAUCUUGGCUUUCCAUCUGUAAAUUACAGCGAGGUGCCUCCCUGGAAUGAGGAGGAGGUCCAGAGCCUCGUCGACGCGUUACUUCCCACACGAGAGGUAUACUUCGCAUGGACCGGAGAGCCAGCCCCGAGAACAGAUCCGCAACAGAGCUACCGUGCACAGUUCGACACGAUAUUUGGGGCAUUCCAAGAUUGGUGGAGAGCGCAUCGUUCAAACGAACAAUUGCCAAUCCUGGCCGGCGUUAUGCAUUGGGGUCGGUCGGUGGAUGACUGGGAGCUUCCGAGCAAGGACUCGAUGUAUUAUGAGGCUUUCAAAAAGGGUCAUCGAGCACCGCGCGGAGAGAAUGGGCAAAUCCUCGACCUACCAGACUGGCCAGGAUCAAGGCUCGAGGACGCUUUGAGAGAGAGGUACUAA